CACCGGCUAGCUACGCAUCGGGGCUUUGUGUAUUGGCCUUGGGAUGGUAAAGUUUAACUUGUGGGAAGGGGGCAAAGGUUGUAGGAUCUUGGAGGCGGGCGUAGAUAGCUGGUGACGUUACCAGAUUUAAACCUGUCUUGUAUGGUUGUAUCGGUGUCCUUGAUUCAGUUUUGUGACGUUAACGGGUCAUUUUCGAACUGUUGAUUCCGUCUCCUGUCUUAAUACUGAUCGAUUGGCUGUGUGGUCUUGCUCUAUCGCUGCCACGUCGCUGGUUUACGCCCCGCCAGACAGAGAACACCUGUGACGUUUUACCUGCCCCGCUGCGGACCGGAUGUCCUGCUUACGUCCAUUCGCCAGGGAAACUGUUGACAACUGACGUGAGCCGGACGUCAUUGGACAAGUGGAGUCCCGUUACGCGUAGCAUAAUUUACCGGGUAACAUGGACUACAACUUCUUGUUUGACCCCUCCAUCCUGGCUGACCUGGACUACAGCAGCUGGAAGUCAUCCUUCCGCCCAGGGGUCUCCCCCCACACCCCGGGGCAUGGACUCAAAGUUAGGCCACUGUGUGCAACAGACUAUGACAAAGGAUUCUUAGGAGUCCUGGCACAACUGACAAAAGUAGGGACUGUCACCAGGGAACAGUUCAUGGCAAGAUUUAAUGCCAUGAAGGAUGACAAGAGUUACUAUGUUUGUGUGAUUGAAGACUUGAACAAGAGGGAAGUCAUCGGUGCAGCGACACUGGUCAUUGAACAAAAGUUCAUCCACAGCUGUGGAAUGAGAGCCAGAGUAGAAGAUGUUGUGGUGAAUGAUACAUACAGAGGAAAACAGCUGGGGAAGAUCCUGACAGUGGUGUUGAUAAUGCUGAGUAAACAUCUUGGUUGUUACAAGAUCUCGUUGGAGUGCAGCGACCAGAAACUCCCCUUCUACCAGCAGGUUGGCUUCAAACAAGAUGGCACAAACUACAUGGUUCAGAGAUGGGAGACAUGAUACAGGCUUUCUUAAACUGUUAAGCCCAUGUUAAGGGCUCAUAAUAUUUACAGAAUUACUGGGAUAUACAAUUUUACUAUAAACUUAGAAAUUUCUUUGCAGUUUGCAGACUGUUUGUUGAGGAAGGAAGGCUGUGUCAUGAACUUAUUACAUCUGGCCCAAAUUUUCAAUGUUGAUAUCUUUAUGACUGUCCUGGUCACUUUUGUAUGGUAGGCUAAAUAAGUGGACCUAAAACCAUUAUUGUAUCAAAUUGCUGUGCCUUCUAUACCUAACCUUGUUAUUGCUAACCUAAACUCAUUAUGACCAUUGAUCUAUAGUGUUACGUUUAUUUUUAUGGGAUGGUGCCAAAAGGCUACCUCAGCAGGGUACAAAUGUUCUCAAUAUCAUCAGUAUCUUGGCUGUUCAGAAAGAGCUAGUACGUACAGUAUAUUGACAAUUAUAGUAGUUUCAAGUUUGUUUAGCUCAACAUCCAAAGUGCCUUUAUAUGGGUAGGUUAAGCUGUUUGAGUAAUCAAAUUCAGCUGUCAACAUAAAUAUAUAAUGUUGCAUAUGUUACACAAUUGGUACAUAAUUAUGGACUAGUUGGUGUCAUCAAAUAUAGACAUACUAAAGAUACAAAUAUAAGAUGGAAAUUACUUCCUGGGGAGGAUAUUUCUAUGUUAUUCUGACAUUCUUUUAUGGAUUAAAGUAUAAUACUGGUCAAACUGCCCUGUUUCCACAUUUGCUUGUCUUACAAAAGAAAUCUUGUGUACAACUGAUGACUGUAAAACUCAUGACUUGCCUAUCAAUAUAAUGGAAGCAUCUGUAAUGUUCAUUGCUUGCUGGAUAAAUGUUCAUACAAAGUCAAUGUAUCAUAAACUGUCAUCAUGAAAUCGAAGCUCUACAGAGUAGAGAAUGCAUAAUGUGGUGCAUUAAUUUUGGAGAUUCUUGAUCUAUAUUUUUAGGGUAUUUUGUUGAUAUACCAAUCAACAGUCUAUGCUUUGAAGUAAUUGUUUAUCAUCAUUUUGUAAUAGACAUGUGUUAGUAUCUUAUAGAUCAUUGUGCUCUAGGACAUUAAUCAAGAUAUAUGUACUGCUUCUAAAAUGUGGAAGUAUUUUGUAGAUAUGCUAUAGAUUAUGUACUUAAGAUUUUCUUUGUAUCAAUAUUGAAUGAUUAGUAUCCCGGUAUGUGCCAUUGAUAUACAGAAUGUAUCUAUCCAGAUUUAACUUUGCAAAUAUGAUAUGUAUUUGGUAACAAAUUGGCACAAAGACAGAUAUUAAUGCAGUCACAACUUUUUAAACUGCAUGUGGUAUUUUGAUCUGGCUAUACAAAAUGUCCUAAAACAUUAUAUGUCAAAUUUCAGCAUUUUCGUGCAAAUAUACACUGAGUAGUGACUCCUCAUUAAAGUGGAUUGCAAUAUCAUUUCAUGUGAAAGUAUUGGAGAUUACAAGAGAUUGCAAUAAACAAGACAGAGAAA